AGAAGUGACAGUUGUGCAAAGGUAAAUAUGGACGCCUGUUUAGCAGUCGAAAAAGAAAUAGACAGAGUUUUGACGAAAUUCGGCGAUAUCAAUGAAAACACGGGCCGUAUUUUAUCCGAUUUGAUAACCCACAUCGAGCGCUUGAAGGCCGAGCUGGAAAACGCGCCCGAAGAUCACACUUUGACAAGUGUCCAGGUCGAUAUCUUGAAACAAUGCAUGGGAAAAGUGAAAGAAACCGUCUCGAGACUCACAACAGAUCACCGCGAUUUACACAGCACAGUUUCCAAAGUCGGCAAAGCCAUAGAUCGAAACUUCAUCGCUGAUUUUGCGGCCACUAGUCGCGAGGAGGUGUUCGCGGCCCCCGAAAAAAUUAAUCUGAUUAAUAAAGUGAUCUGCCAGCAUUUGUACAGACAAGGGAUGCAAGAAGUGGCCGAGGCUUUGGUGCAAGACGCCGACAUCGCGCCGGAGAUUCACAAUAAGGAGCCCUUCACCGAACUCAAUCACAUACUAGACAGCCUUAAAUCGAAAGACUUGGAACCAGCCUUAGCCUGGGCCACUGCUCACCACGACGCGCUUGAAGCGCAAAAUUCCUCGUUAGAAUUUAAGUUACAUAGGUUGAAAUUUAUCGAAUUGUUGAAACAAGGUGCUUCCCAUCAAACCGACGCUAUCUCGUACGCUAGGAUUCACUUUAGGAAAUUUGUACUUAGACAUGAAAAAGAUAUACAAACCUUAAUGGGGAUGCUUCUCUACGUCCCUAACGGCAUCGGCAGCUCACCUUACAGUUGCUUGUUAGAUUCAGAGAUGUGGUUAGAAAUUUACGAACUUUUCACUAACGAUGCUUGUCAGUUGUUGGGUGUGAGUGUGAAUAGCCCUUUAGGGACGUGUAUCAAUGCUGGUUGUUCAGCUAUACCUGCUUUGCUUAAUAUUAAGCAAGUAAUGAUGCAGAGACAAGUGACGGGGAUUUGGAAUGGCAAGGAUGAAUUACCGAUUGAGAUUGAUUUAGGUAGUGAGGGGAGAUAUCACUCGAUGUUUGCUUGUCCUAUCUUAAGACAACAAUCCACCCAAAAUAACCCGCCAAUGAGGCUUAUCUGUGGACACGUAAUAUCAAGAGAUGCUUUACACAAAUUAUGUAAUGGAAAUAAGAUGAAAUGUCCGUACUGUCCAAUUGAACAAAGCCCUUCAGAUGCGAGACUUAUAUAUUUUUGAGGGUCACACAAGCAACGCUAAUUGUAAUUGUUACUCACAUUUUUUACAUAUUAUCUAUGUUUUUCUAAUGAUUGUUAAUGGUAUUUAUUUGGUUUGUGUUCUAUUGUGAUCUCUUAAACUGACAUAGAUUAAAUACUUAGUCCACUUU